AUGCUCAAGUCUCUCCCAUUCUUGUUGCUGGCUGCUACCGGCUCCCAAGCACUAUGGCUUGCAAUUGCGGACAUGACCUACUACACCAACACGAACGGCGGUGGACAAUAUGGUUCUCCCUUCUGCCAGGUUGGCAAGGGCGAUAAUCGCGACCAGGCUGCGUCUCAGGCUGGCAGCACCGUGCACGCAACCGCACUCGGGGGGGUUCAGAAGUGCAGUGAGCUGCCAUAUUCCAAGGGAAAUCAGUUAGGGGGUUUUUGGAACGACCAUGGCACCAUUAAUUACGAAGAUUCCAACUGGCAUUGGUACUGUAACCCCGGAAGUGGCUCUUCUGGUGCUUGCGAUGCUGGCAAUGGGGCUCCGAAGAGAAAGAGAUCGGUCGAUGGCGUCAAGGCUACAGAGUUUGUAGCCUAA